AUGCGCCGUUCAGGGGCGUCGCCGCCCCCCAGUGGAGGCUUCGUCGAGCAGCCCGAUUCGCACCAGUAUCCGGCCCGUGAGAAGAAUCACUCCGUGCCAAUAGCGGUGGACGCGUGGCUGACUACAAGGACCCAACCACCCGCCUACGACACCCAAUUAGAAGCUGUAUCCCCUGCCGCUCCUUGUCGACGCCCCUGGCCCGCGCUGGGAGUCGCGGGCGUGGGUUUCUGGGAGCCAGAGAUGGGAUGGGAUGGAUGGGGCCAGCAGGAGCAAAACAAGGAACGAAAGGAGGCGGACCUGGAAACGGCCCGGACAACCCACUGGUUGGAACAACACAUCAUGAUGAGAAAUGCUUAUUGUUGGUGCGAGACAGAUGGACGGUUGUAUCGUUUCGUUGAUAAACCGAAUUGA